AUCCACCCAUUAAGAAGAUCUGUGCUGUCUGUCAGGGGCACUUCUAGCUCAAGACAACAUUAUCCAGUUACUUCUUCUCAGCCAUAUUCGUGUUAAUAGUCCGGGCUUGUCUGAUCUGAGCUCGCUGGUCAGGUUUACAUCCAAAUUGCUCACCCUUGUGCGUUUUCACAGCAGAUUGUUUCUUGUGUUCAACAUGCAGAAGAGGAGGAAGCCAGAGCCGAUCCAACUCAACCCGAUUCCCGAUGGAAACACCAUAAAUGGCACCGGAGCCACAGAAACAAACUUGGAGGCACUGCAGAAGAAACUGGAGGAGCUGGAGCUGGAUGAGCAGCAGCGGAAACGCCUGGAGGCCUUCCUGACACAGAAGCAGAAGGUGGGGGAGCUGAAGGACGAUGACUUUGAGAAGAUCUGUGAGCUGGGCGCAGGCAACGGAGGAGUUGUCUUCAAGGUCUCUCACCGACCCUCCGGUCUCAUCAUGGCUAGGAAGCUGAUCCACCUGGAGAUCAAACCAGCCAUCAGGAACCAGAUCAUUAGAGAACUGCAGGUGCUACAUGAGUGUAACUCCCCCUAUAUUGUGGGCUUUUAUGGGGCCUUCUACAGUGAUGGAGAAAUCAGUAUCUGCAUGGAGCAUAUGGAUGGCGGCUCCCUGGAUCAGUCUCUGAAGAAAGCAGGCAAGAUCCCAGAGCAGAUCCUUGGCAAAGUCAGCAUUGCUGUCAUUAAAGGGCUCUCCUACCUGAGAGAGAAACACAAGAUCAUGCACAGAGAUGUCAAGCCCUCUAACAUCUUAGUGAAUUCCCGUGGUGAGAUCAAGCUGUGUGACUUUGGAGUGAGCGGACAGCUCAUUGACUCCAUGGCCAAUUCCUUUGUGGGCACUCGCUCAUACAUGUCUCCGGAGCGCUUGCAGGGUACCCAUUACUCCGUUCAGUCAGACAUCUGGAGUAUGGGUCUGUCCCUGGUGGAAAUGGCCAUUGGACGCUUCCCCAUCCCACCGCCUGAUGCUAAGGAACUGGAACAGAUCUUUGGCUUCCCAGUGGAGGGGGAAGCUGCCUCCAGUGAGUCCUCUCCAAAGCCACGGCCCCCUGGGCGACCAGGCAGCUCGUACGGUCCAGACAGCAGACCUCCAAUGGCUAUAUUUGAGCUGCUUGACUACAUAGUCAAUGAGCCCCCGCCUAAGCUGCCUGGGAUAUUUGGUUCUGAGUUUCAAGACUUUGUGAAUAAAUGUUUGAUAAAGAAUCCAGCAGAGAGAGCGGACUUGAAACAGUUGAUGGUGCAUUCGUUUAUCAAACAGUCUGAAGCAGAAGAGGUGGACUUUGCUGGCUGGUUGUGUAGCACCAUUGGACUAAAUCAGCCUGUGACCCCCACCCAUGGCACAGGCAUGUGAGACCUGCUGUUUGUCUACGCGCCACACACAACCUGACCAUUUCAACCGCUCUGCCAGAACCAGCUUCCACUCAAGGUCCUCCUGAUAACUGGAUUUGUAUUAUGGGAGAAAGGUAUCCAUUUCUACGAGUUUCAGUAGUUACUGGAUCAAAAGUUGUGCAAUCACUAGUUGUAUAUUUAGUAUACAAACUUAUAUGCCAAGUGAAAUUAACUAUGUAUUGAACAAUUCUUUGGGCUAUAAUUGCAGGCCUGCCUGAAAGCCAUUUUUUCUAAUGAUCAAAUAUUGAAUUGUGACAAAUGCUGCUCAACUCAUUUGCUUGGUAUUCUCAUUAUUGCCCGAUGUGCUUUUACAGUUCCCUGGAGAUAAGAUUAUUUGCUAGCAUUUGUGAAAUAUGUUGUUAUCAAAGUCUUGUGAAUUAAAAUUUUGAAUGACA